AUGAGUUAUUGGGUAGGUGCGGGCCCAGGCACAGGCACUGUGGAAGGGCGUAGAGAUGAUGAUGCGAGCAGCAGCAAGCUCAACAAACAGAGACGCUUGUUCUUGUCAUGCAAUAGUAAUAGUAAUAAUCCAGCGAAUGGAGGGAGCGAAAGUGAUAGGAGAAAGCAGCAGGCUAUGGCUGAAGAGUCCCUUCACAAAGUCAUGUACUUAAAUUGUUGGGCACAAAGCUAG